AUGUCGCUACAAUUCAUCUCUGCGCCACCAAACGGCCUGGUGGACGCUCGCUUCACAGGCUUCCUUUGGUAUUCAUACCGACGUAUACCCUCUUCGCCGACCAACGCUACGAUAAGAAUUCUUUCCGCUGCUUUCAACGCGACCGCCCCCACAUCGUACAACGCCGCUUUAUCCCCGCAUCCAUCUGCCCUCGUCUUCGCAGCUCAGAUCUCUCCUCUCCUUCUCGUCUGCAUCUUCAUUAUUGCGCCAUGUCUGCUCUCGCUGGCGCGCAAAGCCUAUCGCGGGAAUCGCAGCGAAGGCAGUGCUCCGCCUGCUUCCGCCUUCGCCUACUUUGCUCCUUUUGUCACAGAGAAAGAUGUUCGUCAAUAUCGCUUCCCGGAUCUCAACGCAUCGGUCCCCUUUGCCAACGACGACGGUCGUUCCACAUCAACGUCGUCUAGUCUCGACGCUGAACCUUUAGGUACCGACGGAUUCAAAAGGCAACGGAAACGUCUCAAUCGACUUCUCCUCGUUGCACUUUUCCAGUCGGUCGCAUGGACUGCUGGCACGGGGUGGACGUUCGCUUCUUACGAACGUAAUCACACCCUCAUAUGCCUCUCGCAAGUAGCUGCUUGGGUCACUAUCUUUUGCCGCCUGUUGGUUCGACCGCCUCAAACACCAACAUUCGAUCUGGUCGCCUUGGUCUUUGCCCUCAAUGUCACCGCCUGGAUCGACCUAUUCACUUUCGUGCCUCUGCUCAGCGGCCGUUCGAAUCGUCUGCAACUGGAUGCCACAUCAAGCAUCGCUAUAGUAAUGAGUGCUGCCAAUGCAAUCAUCUGCAUCUAUGCUGCGUCUCUUUUCCUGCGCAUGCCCGUCGCUCAGGGCGGCUACGAGGCUGUUGUUAGCCUGGAAGAACGGAUAGGAGCAAGGAACAAGGAAGAGUCAACUCGAAAAGACAGCGCUGCAGUGUACCGACUCUGCCCGACAUCACCGGAAGACUUCUGCAGCCUCUACGAGAACCUUUCCUAUUCGUGGAUGGCACCCAUUCAAAAGCUUGCUCUGAGACGCUCGCUUGCACCAACCGAUGUGUGGCGUCUUCGUUCAAUCAACGACACUCGCCUGCUGUAUCGCAAGUUCAAGGAACUCGAGCAGAUCACAGACACGACUGGCCGCAAGCCUCGUCUGCUCUCCCGCAUUCUACGUGCGAAUGCCAACGACAUCCUGCUCGACGCUUGCUUCAAGUUGAUCAGCGUAAGCUUCGCCUAUCUCGGUGCUUACAUCCUCAAAUCAAUACUGGACGAGAUCCAAAUUGCGGCGAACCUCGACCGAGACCUUCCGGAUCAUGCAGAAAGCCCAUCCGAAUCACGGUGGACGCCACGCCAGAAAGCCUUCGUCUACGCAUGCAUAGGCCUUUGUCUGACGGUGGUACGUUUUCUUGCCGAACUGCAAAACUUCCAUCACGCUCGCCAAGUAGGUCUUCGCUUGCGAUCCACGCUUGUUGUGUCUCUCUUUGAAAAGGCGCUCAAAAGACGAGACCUGAGUGGUCAGACAAAAUCACCAUCAGCGAGUCCCUCGAAUGGACACGGCGAAAGUGUAGCAUCACGCUCGGCAGCUUCCAACGUCCUGGAUAGCACAGAGGACGAAGUUUCAGAAAUCACCUCACCUGUUGCUACCGACGCUAAUACCUAUCUGCAGCCACCAAAGCGGGAUGGUGUGCGUCAGAAGCAGUCGUGGUCCUCGUCGUUGCGCAUCAGCAAAUUGAAGCAGGUAUCUUUCGAUUCGCUUCGAUCAAGAGUGAAGGAUCAGAUGACCAUUCGCAGGAAGAGACGUCUGGAAAAGCAGAAACAGCAAGAGCAAGAGCAAUCUGCUGAUGUCGGUCGCAUCGUCAACAUGAUGGCGUCCGACGUCAACAUUCUCUUACGCAUGGGCUGCGAUCUGCAUCAGCUGUAUGGAGCUCCGCUGGAGGUCACCAUCGCUGCCAUCUUUCUCUACAAGCUCAUGGGCUGGAGCGCCCUGGUCGGCUUCGGAAUCCUCGUAGCUGCCGUACCUGUCAAUUAUGUGUGGGGCGAGAUCGCCAUCCGCAAGCAACGCGAGUACAGCUCUGCGCGAGACGCCCGGAUGAGCAUGAUGACCGAGCUCAUCGACGCCAUGCGCUUCGUCAAGAUCCAAGGUGUCGAGCCGCAGUGGGAAGAGCGGGUUUCCUCAGCUCGGCGAAAGGAAAUUCGCAAGCUCAUCUCGUCGCGAAUCAUGACUUUCCUCUUCGAGCUUCUGUGGACGAUCAUCCCUGUCCUCGUCACACUGGUCAGCUUCUUCUUCUACGUCAAGGUCGCCAAGGAGGAGUUGACGGUUUCUACCGCGUUCACUGCUGUUGCGCUUUUCACAAUGAUUCGUCCCCCGUUGAACGCUAUUCCUGGCUUCUUGAUGGGAGGAUUGAUAGCUAUGGUCAGCGUACAGCGACUCGAGUCUUUCCUCAACGAGCAAGAGGUCGAGGAGGCGGUCAGUCGGCUUUCGAGACAGCAAUCCUCUCCCUCGCAUGCAAGCAAGAAUCCGGACAUCGACGAGAAUGGACAAGCUCAGGAUGGAGAACACGACGCCGACGAAAACGUGCUUGCGAUCGAAGGAUGCAGCUUCCACUGGCACAGCAAGAGCACCACCAUGCGCCUCGAUUUGGACGAUCACCCAAGCGAUGGUGCUGAUGUUUCACCCCAUUCAACCUUCGGCUUGCGCGAUCUCAACGUCUCGUUCCCUGCUGGCAAGCUCACGUUGGUCAUGGGGCCAACGGGCUCAGGCAAGAGCAGCUUGCUUGCAGCCAUUUUAGGCGAGAUGCUCCAAUCCGAAGGGGGCACCGUUGUACGCAACAAAUUCGAUCGGUACGGCAACAGUUGCUUCAGCUUUGCGAGUCAGCUGCCGUGGCUCGAAGCGGGCAAAUCGGUGCGGGCCAACAUUCUCUUUGGCACAGCCUAUGACGAGGCCAGAUACAAGACGUGCAUCCACGCCUGUGCUUUGCAAGACGAUCUGGACUCGAUGGACGAUGGCGACCUGACGCAGAUCGGCUCGCACACCGUGUCCGGUGGGCAGAAAGCACGGAUCUCUCUUGCUCGUGCACUGUACGCGCGGUCAAGCACUGUGCUCCUGGACGAUGUGCUCUCGGCAGUGGACACACGCGUACAGAAUCACAUUGUCAAGUACGCCAUUUUGGGACCCAUUGCAAAGGAUCGCCGAGUCAUCCUGGUGACGCAUCACGGGCACCUUCUGAUCGAUUGGGCGGCACUGGUGGUCAGCAUGCAGAAUGGGCGCAUUCUUCAUCAGGGAAGACCCGCCGAUUUGCAGGCGAGAGGCCUGCUCGGUUCCUUUUCUUCGCGUCAUGCCGGCAGCAGCAAAGGGGCUGACGCUCAGGCAGCUGCUGGCGUCGAAGAGGAUGCAAAAGGGGUGCAGGAAGCAGAUGGAACUUCCCAAGAUCCCGCAGCUACAAAGGACGGCCUGGCUGUGGAGGCUACGCCGAGCCAUACGGCGGAGCUUGCAUCAGGUGCACGAACACCCCGUUUGUUGCAUCAGGAAGAGAAGCGUCGAGAGGGAGCCGUCAGCUGGGUCUUUUACCAAACGUAUCUGCAAGCAUCGUCGCUUCGUAUCUGGGCAGUGUUGGUUCUGCUCCUGCUGCUCCUCCGAUUGUCCGAAUCGUUCGGGCAGUACUGGCUCAAGGUGUGGGGCGAGGCCUACACAGACUAUGGUAUGCGAUCUGCCGUGUCACUGGUGGCGGCACGAAUCUCUUCUCGUGUUCCAUUCGAUUUACCUCCUGCUGAUGGCCACGCCGGCUUUUACCUGACCGUUUACGGCCUCAGUGGGUUUGCGGUGAUACUUUUCAACAGCUCCAGAGCCGUCUGCUUCUACGUGGCUUCCAUUCGGGCGUCGCAGAAUCUCUUCGCAACGCUCCUGGCCAACGUCAUACGAGCACCGCUCCGUUGGUUCGACGUGACCCCUCAAGGUCGGAUCAUGAAUCGCUUCGGAACGGACAUGGAUUGCAUCGACAACAUUCUGCCGCAAUCGAUCAUGAAUCUGGGCAACAAUGCCUUUUCCAUGGCAGCCUACUUUCUGAUCUGCGUCGUGAUCGUUCCCGCGUUUCUCGUGCCGUCUUUCCUGCUGGUCGUGCUGGGACCUUGGCUGGUGAGUGGGUUUUUGGCCUGCACCCGUGAUAUGCAGAGGAUCGAGGCGACGUCGACGUCGCCCAUCUACGGACAUUUCCAGCAGGCGCUGUCUGGUAUCGUGACGAUACGAGCCUUUGGCGCCGAACCGCGACUGCUCGAGUCGAUGCUGGAUGCGGUGGAUCUGUAUCAGUCGCUUUGGUGGGCGGUUUGCACGAUGGAGGUGUGGCUCAGCUUUCGGUCGCAGAUCCUGGGAGGUAUUUCCGUGUUCGUCGUGACUUUGCUGGCUCUUUCGGGAGCGGUGACACCAGGGUCGGCGGGGUUGGCACUUUCGUCUGCGCAGCUCCUGUGCCAGCUGGCGUACUAUCUCGUCAACGACUUUAAGAACCUCGCCAACAGCUUCAACUCGCUCGAACGGGUUGCCGAGUACCAGCAGAUGCCUCGCGAGGAAAGCGACGAGAUUGUGGCUGGGUAUUCCACUCGACUCGUUCCGGCUGCGUGGCCGUCGGCGAGCGCAAGUAUCGUCUUUGACAAUGUGAGCUUGCGGUACGCGGACGACCUGCCGAACGUUUUGAAGGGGGUGAGCUUCGACGUCAAGCCAGGGGAGAAGGUGGGCAUCAUAGGACGGACUGGCUCGGGAAAGAGUAGUUUGGCGUCCAGCUUGUUCCGGGCUGUCGAGCUGAGCGGUGGUCGGAUCUUGGUGGAUGAUAUCGAUAUCAAGACGAUCCCAUUGCAGCAGCUGCGGAGUCGGCUGAGCAUCGUGAUGCAGGAUCCGGUGUUGUUCUCGGGCACUGUUCGGGACAAUUUGGAUCCGUUCAACGAGCACGAAGACGCAGAGGUUCUGGACGCGCUCAGGAAGGUUGGGCUUGCCGCGCCGAUGGACGGUCAGGACGAGGCGGGGGACACGCAAGAGCAGCUGGUUGAUCUCUCGGACACAAGCAUCGAGGCUCCCCCGGAAGCGAGUCCAAAAACGAACAUGCGGCUCGGACUGGACACGCCCGUGUCGUUGGGAGGCGCCAACUUCUCCGCCGGCCAAGCUCAGCUGCUGUCCCUCGCCCGAUCGCUUCUGCGCGCAACGCGGAUCCUCAUCCUGGACGAAGCCACUUCGUCCACCGACAUGGACACCGACGCCAUGGUGCAGCGCGUCAUCCGCACAGCGCUCAAAAACUCGAUCGUCAUCUGCAUCGCACACCGCCUCAAGAGCGUCAUCGACUACGAUCGCAUCGUCGUCAUGCAGGACGGCAAGCUGGUCGAGUGCGGUCGACCGAAGCAGCUGCUCGAGAAGCCGGAUGCGGACGAGGGUGCGUUCUUCAAGAGGCUUUGUCGGCAUUCGGCAGAGUAUGGAGAGCUGUGUGCUGCUGCGGGGGUGGAACAGGGACGCAAUUAG